AUGCGAAUAAACUACCUGGAACUUGAGCUGCUACAGAAAGACAAAGUACUAGAAGCUCGGGAACUUCAGUUGCAACAUCUGCAGAGGGAGUUAGAUGCCAAGGUCUCCCAAAUUGACAAACUCCAGGAUGCUAUAGGCUACAACAGCAGCUUUGGAUGUGCAGCACCAGGACUGUGCCACCACCGCUUCAGUGUAAUCAAUCAAGGACCCAGUCGUUUCCAAAAGGCCGCCGUGGCGGUCCACCAAAGACUUAAAGCCAAGGAAGGUGUCUCUGCUGAGCCUACUUCUGAUUACUUCUGUGGGGGGCUAAGACCUACUCACAUUUCUGUGGUGAAGCCUAUACACAAAGACUCGGAAAUUAAAAAGCUCAUGAAUGACGCCAUGACAAACAAUGAUUUCCUUAAGAGAUUGGAGCCACAACACACAAGGGAAAUGGUUGACUGUAUGUAUGAGAAGGUGUACACGAAAGGACAGCUUGUCAUCCAGGAGGGGGAAUCUGGAAACUUCCUAUAUGUCUUAACAGAUGGCUUGCUGGAAGUCAUCCAAAACGGCAAACUGCUCAGUGAGAUGCAUCCUGGAACAGCAUUUGGAGAAUUGGCAAUAUUGUAUAAUUGCAAAAGAACAGCCACCGUAAAAGCUCUGACGGAGUCCCACAUAUGGGCUUUGGAUCGUCAGACUUUCCAAGCAAUCAUGAUGCGGACUACACAAGCCCGGAAUGAGGAGUAUUUCAGCUUUUUGCGCAGUGUGUCUCUACUUCAGGAAUUGCCAGAAGAGAAACUUGCCAAGAUUGUUGAUUGCCUUGAAGUUGACUAUUUUCAAAAGGGAGAGUACAUUAUUCGUGAGGGGGAAGAUGGUGACACGUUCUUUAUCAUUGCAAAAGGAGAAGUUAUUGUGACACAAAGCACAGAAGGCUUUGCUGAACCUCAGGAAAUCAAGACCCUCGGAGUUGGAGACUACUUUGGAGAGAAAGCUCUGAUCAGUGAAGAUCUUCGUUCAGCCAACAUCAUCUGCAAUGAAAAUGACACACACUGUUUAGUGGUUGACAGAGACAACUUUAACCAGAUGGUUGGAACCUAUGAGGAACUUCAGGCUUACCUGAAGGAAUAUGUAGAGGAACUUUCAAGGAGUGACGAGAAGCGAAACGCUCUGCCACAUUCACCCCAGAUUGAUUCUGCAGAAGCCCAAGAGCUGAGAAGGUUAAAGGAGAGGAUUGCCCUAAUACCACAUAAUCAACCUUUCCAGCAAUUGGAGGUGAUAGCGACUCUUGGCAUGGGAGGAUUUGGACGAGUGGAGCUGGUGAAGCUGAAGGACGAGGACACUACAUUUGCACUGAAAUGUAUUAAGAAGAAGCAUGUUGUGGACACCAGACAACAGGAACACAUUUACUCAGAGAAGAACAUUCUUCAGCACGCCAAUUCGGCUUUUAUCAUCAGGUUAUUCAGAACAUUCCGCGACAAUAAGUAUGUCUACAUGUUGUUGGAAGUGUGUCUUGGAGGAGAGCUGUGGACUGUGCUGCGUGACAUGAACUAUUUUGAUGAAUCGACUGCAAGAUUUUGCACUGGUUGCGUCCUAGAGGCUUUUGAUUAUCUCCACACUAUGGGUAUUAUAUAUAGAGACCUCAAACCCGAAAACCUUCUUCUUGAUGCAAAAGGAUAUGUCAAAAUGGCAGACUUCGGGUUUGCGAAAAAGAUUGGUCUUGGAAAGAAGACCUGGACAUUCUGUGGAACACCUGAAUAUGUGGCUCCAGAGGUCAUCAUGAACAAAGGCCAUGACUUUGGAGCUGAUUGCUGGUCUUUGGGAAUUCUCAUAUUCGAACUUCUUACUGGCAAUCCUCCAUUUGCUGGAUCAGAUCCCAUAAAGAUCUACACAAUGGUCCUCUAUGGCAUUGAAAAGGUGGACUUCCCCAAGAGAAUAGGCAAGCGUCCAGAUGACCUUAUCAGGAGACUCUGCAAGCUAAACCCAGUGGAGAGAGUGGGGAACAAAAAGAAUGGAAUCAUUGACAUCAAGAAACACAAAUGGUUCCAGGGCUUUAACUGGGAGGGGUUAAGACGCCACAAGCUCCUGUCUCCUUUGAAGAGAGAGCUUAACAGCCCAAUGGAUCACAGUCACUUUGACAUCUUUCCUCCUGACACAGAAGUGACCCCUGAUGAGACAUCUGGCUGGGAUAAAGACUUCUGA